AUGCUCCGCCGUGGUCUCGUUCUCGACCUGAGCACCGCUUUCGGUUUCGGCACCACCUUCGGUUACCUCUGGUGGUACGGCUACCACCUCCCCCGCGUCCGCGCCCGUGACGCCUACUACACCCGUCUCGAGAAGGAGCGUGCUGCUCAGCAGGCAGCAUAGACUUGAUACUCUUAUCGCUUCGAUGCAUCUUUCGGACAAAGUCAGCAUAGAGAACGGCA